CACGCAUGCUUUCCCUGGAGCAGUCAGCCCCUGACCCCCUGUGAAGGUGCACAUGCUUUCACUGAGAUUGUACGUGGAACUGUGUCAGUAUGAAUGGGACCUUGAACGGCACUCAGCUUGACAACGCCACCCUGGCCAUGUUCAAGGACAACACGACCAGUUAUGUUGUCGCUGCAGUGUAUAUCAUCAUCUUCUUGAUCAACGUUCCAGGCAACAGCAUUUCUCUGUGGUUGCUGUUGUUCCGCACCUUCCCCAAAACCCCUUCCAUCAUCUUCAUGAUCAACCUGACCCUCACUGACCUGGCUGUAGGCUCUGCCCUGCCCUUUCAGAUCAUCUACCAACUCAAUGGCUACAACUGGACCUGCGGGCCCACGAUGUGCAGCUUCAUGACGGUUCUGUUUUAUGCCAACAUGUACUGCUCCAUCCUCACCAUGACUGCAAUCAGCGUUGACCGCUACCUGGGCAUAGUGCAGCCCAUACAUUUCAAAGUGAUGAGGGGGAGGAAGGAGUGCGCAGUGAUUGGCUGUAUUUUCAUGUGGGCCAUUGUCCUAAGUGCGCUUUUCCCACUGGAGGGCACCGACCUGACCUAUGAGGUGAAGGAUCUUAAUAUAACCACCUGUUUUGACGUCCUUAAGAAAGACAUGCUUCCGGACAUCACACAUUGGGCUAUCUUCCUCUUCACCUUGUCUUUUGUCCUCUUCCUCGUCCCCUUCAUCGUGACAGUGAUCUGUUACGUUAGCAUCAUCCGCGAGCUGGUCAGGACAAGCAAAAGCCACCAAAAGGGAACAGCUCUGCGUCUUGCCUUCAUUGUGCUCUUUGUUUUUAUCAUUUGUUUUGCACCCAACAACAUAAUCCUUAUAGCCCAUGCAGUGAGGAGGCUGUUCUAUAACAAGUCCCUGUACAUGGCCUACAAGCUGUCCCUCUCUCUCAGCUGUGUCAACAGCUGCCUGGAUCCCUUUAUCUACUAUUUUGCCUCCAAAGAAUUUCGUCGAAAGCUGAGGCGGAUGCUAAAUCUCAGAAGCACCAGCAGCACGGAGGUUCACGAGACAGAACACCGCAGAGACAGCAUGUUCUCAGCCCAAUCGGCAAACAGCCCCACAGAAGCUGAAGAUGCCAGAGCCCCCAUUUCUACAAAUAAUGAGUCCAAUCUAUAGUGCAUUUUAAGAGGUCUUUGGUAAACUUGCAAGCUGUGAUGAAAAAAAAGGUGAUGUGAUUUUACCCGAUGACAGCAUCAACUGCGAUCUGUGAGAUUAUCAAGGUUGUAAGUAUUGCCAGCUUGAUGUUGAUGUUGAGUGCAUUAUUAUUCACUGUUUUCAAGAAUAGCAAUGUUUGGUCCACA